GAUCAGCAGGAUUUGGUGUUUUUGAUGACACUGUUUCGAUCCUAGGUUUUUACGAGUACUGCUCAUGGGUCAGUAGUGCUCGGUCGAUCGCAGUGCCAGCUGGAAGUGUUCGAAUUUCGGCUUCGAUUUUUAUAAUUGUUUUAUUUUUUGUGAUUCAUUUGCGUUUAGGAUUAGUUUAUAUAUUGGACCCAAAAUGAAGCUUUAUCUACUAACAGCCGCGCUUUGCUGCCUUGCCUUAUCCUGCCAAGCGAACCCCGUUUCUUUGGACAAACAUGUCGACGACCAUAGUGUGGACAGUAAGCCAACCGAGACGGAGCGGAAAGGAGAGAAGCAAGAAGCCACUCCCGGAGUAUUUAAAACCGAUACUGAAGUUGUUACUUCAGUCGAAGUUAAGACUGAAGUAGAAACCUCCAAACCUGAAGGGCAUAAAGCGACAGAAGCUGCACCAAUGAAGGAAGAAACUACGGAAAAAGAUGAAUGUCACUCAUGUGAAAAACCCCAUUCAGGUCACGCUAUUCAUUCGAAGAAAACACAAGCCGAAUCAGGCAGACAAUCAUCUGAUGAUGAUGAUGACGACGAUGACGAUGACGAUGACAUUCUAGGCGAUGACGAUGAGGACGACAAUGAUGACGACACUGCAGCAGAUGAAGCUGAUGAUGAUGAAGACGACGGCGAUUUCCUUGGGGGAUUCUUAGAUGAUAUCUUAGGAGGAGGAGACGACGACGACGACGAUGAUGAUGAUGAUGACGAUGAUGAUGACGACGAAGAAGACGAACCAGCUCCAUCGUCAGCCGUUAUUACAAACACCGCUCAAUUGGCAUCAGCCCAAAAUGCCGCAGCAUCUGCAGCAUCCAGUGCUAGUCCUUUAUCAGCAGAAAACGUCAUCGAAGAAGAAACACCCGAAGAACAAUUAAAUGCUGCCGAAGAAGUGGACGGAGACAAUGAAACUGCAGGUACGGAAACCGCCCAAGAAGAUGACUCACUUCCUGGAUCUCUGAUCGAAAAAGACCCCGUGGAUGAUGAAAUUGUUGCCCAAAAUUCUGUUCAAGAACCCAUAAUAGUACAGCCGGUUCCAGCCUUUGAUAAUACAGCUGAUGAUGAAGAAGAAGAUGACGACGACGAUGAUGAUGAUGAUGACGACGAUGGAAUUGGAAGUGUGAUCGGCGAUGAUGACGACGAUGAUGACGACGAUGACGAUACUGACGAUGACGACGAUGACGAUGACGACGAUGAUGAUGAUGAUGACGACGAUGACUCAGGUUUAGCAGAUGUAAUCGACGCCAGGAAAGCACGUGCUUUAAAGAACCAGCCGAAGAUGCCUCAAAUUUACAUAUCAAAGUACAACAGAUUUGUUGAUGCUGUACUGACACGAAUAAACAGAAUGUUGGGGAAACAAUACGAUCCCGUGCGAGUCAAACUUUUGACUGCAUCUCAGAGAAACAACAUGAAAAACAAAACCAAGAACACGAAAAAUAAGAAAAGAACUGCCGGAAAAGAUGCGCCCAAUCUAAUGACUGAAAAAACAAACAAAAUGGGAGAACUGGAAAUAGCAAGGCUAGUUGGUGGCAAAUAUGGGGCUCAGCGUACUUCCCGCCAGUCAAGAGACUCCGAAGAACCGGAGUUUGUUCUAAUAUCCAAAACGGGGAGUUCUAAUGACUUUGAGGACCAAAAGCAAAGUUUCAAUCAAAAUCGCGCCGCUCCAGUCAGGCAGAAUAACAAGAGAAAACCCGCUACCAGCAACGUUCCAAAGAAGACAACAACAAACAAGAAGAAGGCAACAAUAACGAAAACGGGAAACAAAGUCAAACAAACCUCAGCCAAAAACAAGCAGAAAGCAAAGGCCACUCUUUUCGGGUUGAGCACUUUGAAGCGAGAUGGUGAUGUGACUGUUAACAUGACUCCCAAAUUUACUACCGUAAAAAGCAACUUCGUAAUGGGACCUUUAACAUUAAGAGUGGAAAGAGAAGUGGGAAGAAGUGGAAAAAGAGAAUUGAGGAGCGCAACAGCCACAACUGCAGAUAUGUUCGGAAGACUAAACCUGAAAUUGGUGCAUGGCGGUGCAGCUUCAUUACAAUCAAUCAGGGUGUUACAGCCUAAACAGGUGCGAAUCGAUACGCCAGAUAAUCAUGACAAAACCACGGAAUUUAUGUGGAAGAGAAGUCCACAGAUAGCGUCAAUAGUGACGCAAAAACUUGGAGCUGUGACUAGAUCAAUGCUCAAGCCUCCACCACAAUCCAGGCCGUAGAUUUAGCAACUGGCAAAAUCACUAUAUUAAAUUAAUCAUCCUAAACUUGAAUUAUACCUGAAGUGUACCUGUUGAGUCCAGCAACCUUAAACCAUGUUUAUUAAGAACAUUUUAGAGCGGCGCCAUACUUUAGGUCAUUGAGACAAGGUGGAAGUGUUUACUUAUGUAUUUAUUUAUUUAUAUUUAUUACAUUAUUUUCAAGUACAAAAACA